AUGACGGAUAUUUUUGAUAUUGAAAAAUUUAGAGAUAGUUUUGAAAAAUUAAACAAUCAAUUGGCAAAUUUAUUGGAGAAAAAUAAGAGACUCAAACAACAAAAUUUAGAACUUCAAAAAGAAAGCAGAGAGACCUUACGUAUUAAUUCGGAAUUAAAAAAAGUUCUUCAAGAAAGCAAUGACCAAUCUGAAAAAUUUCAAAAACAAGUUGUAGAGCUUUUAUCAGAUAGUAAACUGCUUAUUCAAGCAAAUAAAAAUCUUCAAGAAAGAAAUCGAGAAAUCUCACAUAAUAAUCUAGUCUUAAAAAAAGAACUCCAAGAAAGAAAUGAGCAAAUGAACAAGCUUCAACAACAAAAUGAUGAAAAAACCAUUCCUUUAAAUGAUAAUAUCAUUCAACCUGCUGACAAAUUUAUCAAAGUUCCUGAUAUUACCCCUGAUUCUUUCGACCACGGGUCAGUUCGGUCUAUUGCA